AUGGACGCAGACAAUAAAAAAGCGGACGAUAUGAACCAUCGUGAGCCCGGGGAACCCAACAAGGGCAUCAGGGUGCUGACGGAGAUGGGCACCUUGCAGCGCCGGCUCAAGUCGCGCCAUAUCCAAUUCCUUGCUCUAUCUGGAGCUAUUGGAACUGGUCUGUUUGUGGGCACAGGGCAGGUCCUUUCAUUAGCUGGGCCAUUAUCGACGGUGCUUGCCUAUAUCAUCACUGGGUUUAAUCUCUACGCGGUGAUCAACAGCAUGGGUGAAAUGGCGACCUGGCUUCCCUUACCUGGCGCUGUUCCCGUGUAUGCAUCUCGAUUUGUUGAUGAGGCGCUAGGGUUCACUCUAGGUUGGAACUAUUGGUAUCAAUUUGCUAUUGGCGUUCCGAUUGAAAUAAGUGCAGCUGCUCUUGUGAUCGACUAUUGGCCCAACAAUAUUUCCUCUGCCGUUUGGAUUACCAUACUUUAUGUGACUAUUUUUGCCUUCAACUGCCUUCCUGUUCGAGCCUACGGCGAACUUGAGUUUUUGCUUGGUUCGAUCAAGCUCUUAACCAUUGUGGGGUUGAUGUUGCUCAUGUCCAUCAUCACACUCGGUGGAGCUCCGACACAUGACCGUAUAGGGUUCCGCUACUGGCAACAUCCGGGUCCUAUGAAUACCUAUCUGAAAGAUGGAUCCUUAGGGCGCUUUCUAGCGUUUUGGAAGGUGUUUAUUCAGGCAACAUUCAGCUACGGGGGCAGCGAAAUGGUUGUGGUUGCAGCGGGCGAGACUGAAAAUCCCCGGCGAAAUAUCCCCAAAGCCGUGCGGCGUGUUUUCUGGCGAAUUGCCAUCUUUUAUGUUGGUAGUGUUUUCCUUGUCGGUCUAUGCGUCUCAUCUCAAGAUCAUAGGCUGCUUAACGCCAUUGAUACAGGCGCAGCAGGCGUGGGAGCAAGCCCUUUCGUUAUUGCAAUCGAGAAUGGGGGUAUUCAGGUGCUACCAUCCAUCAUCAACGCGGUUGUUCUCACAUCGGCAUUCUCGGCUGGUAACUCUUUCUUUUAUGCCUCGACUCGAAUUCUAUAUUCCACGGCAUUGGAUGGGAAAGCACCUCGGCUGCUUCGGUUUGAGAAAUUUGGAGUUCCAUAUGCCUGUGUUGCCGUCACUGCUGCCUUGAGCCUACUCGUCUACCUCAAUAUCUCAUCAAGCUCUGCUGAAGUCUUUUUCUGGAUUAGCAACCUAAGCUCUGUGAGCACAUUGAUUGUGUGGUCGUCAACCGCUGCGACCUAUGUUCGUUUCUAUCAAGGACUGAAAUACCACGGUAUCCCGCGGUCUAGUCUUCCAUUCCAGUCACCUUUCCAGCCCUUUCUGGCCUACUUUGCAAUAGUAUUCUCUUUGACUGUGGCAUUCUUCAAUGGCUUUGAUGCUUUCUUUCCUGGUCAUUUCAGUGCGAAGAGCUUCAUCCCGCCUUACAUUGACAUUCCCAUCUUUGCAUGCCUUUUCCUAGGAUACAAAUUCCUGAAAAGAACCAAAUUUGUCAAGGUAGAGGAUAUGGACUUCUGGUCUGGCAAAGAAGAAGUCGACCGACUAGAAUCUGUGUGGGAAGAGCCUAAGCCUCGCAACUUUCUUGGUACGUGCCCGUCUUUCUUUUCUUUCCUUUGGCAGCUCAUGAGAGACACUGACGGAUAUUCCACAGAGCGAAUAUGGUUCUGGAUCGCGUGA